CGUUUCAAAAGAAUCGUUUUGUGAAUCGUCCAAGUGAAUCGACUCAGUCAGGCGAGCGAGUCGUUUAUCGCGUGAGGGCUGUGUUUAAGAAGCCGCGCACGCGACCGUGCUGAUGGAGAGGAGCGCGUGCCCACCGUAAGCCUCACUCUUUAUAGCCUAUAAGGAGGAUUUAUUACAAGGGAACAGAUAUAACAGGAUAUUUAACUUCACCGGUUCACUGGAACCGGAGUGUGGAUGUUGGGUUUUCACCGAUAUGAGAGACAACUGAGUCACAAAGACUGGGAACACUGGGAACACUGGGAACACUGGGAGCACUGGGAACACUGGGAACACUGGGAGCACUGGGAACACUCACCUGGUCAAUGGAAGUUGUUUUCUUUUACCGGCUUCGGUUUGGACAUUGACACACUUUCUGCUAACCACGAAAUAGAACUCUCUGGAGCUCCUGUUCUGCUGCAGUGUUGAUGUCCAGCUCGUUCUCAUCACGUGACGCUCUCGUGUUCUUUCCAUCUGUAAUGAGGAGAAUGUUUCUUCCUUACUUGGUGGAAGAGCUCAUACUUUCCAUCACUGGACUCUGCUGGGUGUUUCAUCCUUCAAUGCUGUCCUGCUCUUCCUGAGAUGAUGUGUAAGAGCCGGUGCUCGGAGCGUCACUCAUCUUUUCUCAUGGAUACAACAGCAGGGUCACAUCGCCUCCUCUUCCUCCUUCUCCUCCUCUUCCUCUUUCACCUGCGCGUGUGAGCCAGAGCGCAGCAGUCAUGGCUCACACACACCAGAGCUACAGUCUCCUCAGCACGGUGGCUGAGGAAUAUCGCAAGAGGAUGCAGCAGGACUCCAGCAGAGGUGUGUUGUCUUUCCUGGAGGUCCACAGAGAAACGCUGCACACACUCCCCCUGAUCUCCUGCUUUAGACGCCCCAGAAUCUACAGCUUCAUCUUCGGCCUGGCCGUCCUCUUCCUCAUCAUGGCCUCGUAUGUUCUGAGCAGCGAGAAGAAAGCAUUUCUCAUCCCCUCGUCUCCGUAUCGCUCGGUUAAACACGGAACUCUGCUCUUUAACUUGUCCUCCGCUCAAGACUCCGCCCACAUCGUUCAGGUGCUGCGCCGGAUCCUGUCUCACCUGGAGUUUAAUCCCAGGAAGUUACCGGAUCUGGGAAAGCUGAUCCGUAGUGAGACACAUAUGUUCUCUGUGAUUCCCCGCCACUUCCUGCCAGAUGUGAAGAAUCCGUGUUGGUACGAGCAGCUGUCAGGGAACGCGAGCGUGAAUCCGUACCAGAGGAACCUGUACUCUCUGUACUCGCGCCAGUCUCGCGUCGCCUUCCACAUCCUGAAGAAAAGCUUCCAGAAACAUCUGUUACGGCGGGACGGGAAGCUGUACCGGAUACGCUGCCUGCCCUACUUCUACAUCAUCGGGCAGCCGAAGUGUGGCACCACGGACCUGUACGAGCGGCUCCGGCUGCACCCAGGCGUCCGGGUCAGUGCUCUUAAAGAGCCGCACUGGUGGACGCGCAAGAGAUUCGGUAUCAUUCGCCCCAGUGAUGGACUCCACGCUCGCUAUCCCGUGGAGGAUUAUCUGGACCUGUUUGAUCUUCCUGCACAUUAUGUUCAGUAUCAGAUGUUGAGUAACAGGACUACAGGAGCUCAACGCACUGAUCUCAUCAUCGGUGAGGCCAGUGCGUCCACCAUGUGGGACAACAACGCAUGGUCAUAUCUCUAUGGCAACACCUCAGAGGCGGAGCCACCCUUCCUCAUCCAGGACUUUAUCCACGCCCUUCAGCCUGAGGCGCGCUUCAUCGCCAUCCUGAGGGACCCUGUCGAAAGGUUAUACUCAGACUAUCUAUACUUCGGCAUGGCCAAUAAAUCAGUGGAGGAUUUCCAGGAGAAGGUUUGGGAGUCACUGCAGCUGUUUGACGCGUGUCUACAGGAGUUCAGUCUCAGAGCGUGUGUUUACAACAGCACACUGAACAACGCCAUGCCUGUGCGUUUGCAUGUAGGUGUGUAUGUGGUGUACGUGCUGGACUGGUUGUCAGUGUUUAGUGGUGAUCAGCUGUUGGUGUUGAGGCUGGAGGAUCACGCAGCAGACAAGAAAACGUCCAUGAACAGAGUCUUCCGCUUCCUACAACUGGGCCAUCUCUCUGAGCAGAAGGUGGUGGAGAUUACAGAGCGUCCAGCGUCUAACACUCGCAGGUUGGCUGAUAAGAACUUGGGCCCAAUGCUGCCUCUCACACGCCGAGUCCUCACCGACUUCUACUCUCCCUUCAACAGGAAACUGGCUACAGUGCUGCAGGACAACUCCUUCCUGUGGGACCACCACUCCACACACACCUAACACACACACACACAAACUGCUGCACUAUCACUUCCUGAGAGACUGUGACCCUGCCGGGAAACUCGCCAUGUAAAUAAAAUUAUUUUCUUAAAUUAUGAGCUGGAUUUCGAUUAAACAUCAAGCACAUGGGUUUUAUAUCAUUUAUUUAAAAUAUAGAGAUGUUUUUUAUAUUGUUUUCUCAAACAGAAAUAAAUAAUAUCUGUAAAUAAAAUACACUAAAAAGGUUUAAAGAUUAAAAA